AUGUUCAUGCUCAACUUUUCAGAAAUUACCUACGAUACAUCAGUGACACUUUGGGAUAAUUUUUACGUGGGAUUCUUACAGACUUUCCCCUCUUCUUUCCAUUACAGCAUAGGUGGAGAAGUUGGGCGAGGACACGAAGGAAGUUAUGUGGGCAAACAUUUCCGAAUGGGAUUUAUGACCAUGCCUGCUCCUCAGGACAGACUUCCUCAUCCCUGCUCCAGUGGCUUUUCUGUGAGAUCCCAGUCCCUUCACUCGGUGGGGGGCACGGAUGAUGACAGCAGCUGUGGCUCUCGGAGACAGCCUCCACCAAAGCCAAAGCGGGACCCCAGUACGAAACUGAGCACUUCAUCAGAAACCGUCAAUGCCACAGCAACGGGUAAAAGCGUGAGACUCCCUGAGAGGACAGAAGGGCCAGCCAAACCCAGACCCCACAGUGAUGAAUAUUCCAAGAAGAUUCCUCCUCCUAAGCCUAAGCGAAAUCCAAAUACCCAGCUAAGCACAUCUUUUGAUGAAACCUAUAUUAAAAAGCAUGGGCCUACGAAGACUUCACUGACGCGGGAUACGUCUUUAUCCCAGGUGAGCAGUCCUGCUCUAGAUGCUGAGGAAGAGGAGCCUGUGUACAUUGAAAUGGUGGGGAAUAUUUUAAGAGACUUCAAAAAGGAUGAAGAUGACCAAAGUGAGGCAGUUUAUGAAGAAAUGAAAUAUCCUAUUUUUGAUGAUGUCGGCCAAGAAUCAAAAUGUGAAUUUGACCAUCACAGCUGCUCUUCUCAGUGUGCUACGCCCACAGUGCCUGACUUAGACUUCGCCAAGUCCUCAGUGCCAUGUACUCCAAAGGGUUUGCUUUGUGAUAUCCCCCCUCCCUUUCCAAACUUACUGUCUCAUAGACCCCCACUGCUGGUGUUCCCACCAGCACCUGUCCAGUGUUCCCCCAAUUCUGAUGAGUCACCUCUAACUCCGCUUGAGGUCACAAAGCUUCCUGUGUUGGAAAAUGUGUCUUACAUCAAACAGCAGGCUGGAGCUUCUCCAUCAUCACUGCCAUCUCAUACCUCCGGUCAUCCCAAAUCAGAAAAAGACCAGACAGCAGCUCAUGGACCAUCUUCUUCCUCUUCUGUUCAUUCCUCGUCACCUCCCCAUCCUUCCACUUUAUAUAGAACACCAUCUCCACAUGGAUACCCUAAAAGUCACUCAGCUUCACCUUCUCCUGUUAGUAUGGGGAGGUCACUUACUCCCUUAAGCCUCAAAAGACCACCACCCUAUGAGUCUUUACAUUCAGGAAGCAUCUCAAUAAGCUCUCCAUCAGUGCCUCAUGCUACAGCCAGAAACACAUUACAGGAAGGAGGGAAGAUGGUAAAUGCCUCUGUCAGUACCUAUGGGACAUCUCAGAGUGGCUCCCGCUCCAGAACACCCACAAGUCCUUUAGAAGAGCUCACCAGCCUCUUUACCUCAGGACGAAGCUUGCUGAGGAAGUCCUCCAGUGGAAGAAGAUCAAAAGAACCUGCAGAGAAACCAACAGAUGAGGUGAAGAUCAGAAGCCACAGUACAGAACCACUACCAAAGCUGGAAAACAAAGAGAGAGGCCAUCACAGGGCAUCUUCCUCUAGAGAGCCAAUAAAAGCUCAGGAAUGGGAUGGAACACCAGGACCACCAGUAACAUCCAGUAGACUGGGAAGAUCCUCUGUUAGUCCAACCUUAUUAGCAGGAAACAGCAGUUCAGAGCCUAAAGUAAGCUGCAGAUUAGGUCGGUCUGCAUCCACAUCAGGUGUGCCUCCUCCGUCAGUUACUCCUCUCAGGCAAGCCAGUGAUCUGCAACAGAGCCAGGUGGCAUGCAUGCAGUGGUUGCAUGGAGACCAUACAAUGAUGGAGAUGAUUGAGAAAAAACGCUGCUUGUGCAAAGAGAUCAAGGCAAGACAGAAAACAGAAAAGGGACUUUGCAAACAAGACAGCAUGCCAAUUCUACCAAGCUGGAAGAAGAAUACAGGGACAAAGAAGUACAGUCCUCCACCAUAUUCUAAACAACAAACAGUAUUUUGGGAUACUGCGAUAUGACAAAGUAUGAGAUGCUGCAAGCUCCAUAAGACUAUUCACUUGUAUGGGGGGGAAUGUUCACCAGGCCUGUUUAAGAGGGUGUUGGUCAACAUAUGUCUUCUUUACUCAUGAAAAAAUGACAACACUGCCCUUGGGAAUCCAUGUUAAGUUGUGCUUACUCCAAGGCAAAUUAAUUUACCAACAAAUUAAGAUAUGUGUGUUUAUUAAGGAUUUU